AUGGCUGUGAUCGGGUUUCGGAAAGGGACUACAAUAAUGAUUAAACUGGUAGAACCUCAAUUUAAUUAUCAGUAUGAUGCACUGAAUAUUAGGGGUCAUAACCCAGAACAAAAGGUUACUUCGGCCUUAAGGAUUCUAGGAUGUGACAGACCUCCAGAUUCUAAUGAUGAGUACCUUCGCAUUGGAUCUCAAAACGAUAUAAAUGUUUUACACAAAUCGCCUUUAUUUGAAGAUUUAAAGUAUGGAAUUUCUCCUCGGGUAAAUUUCAGUAUCAAUGGGAAUCAAUACACUCAUGGUAAUUAUCUUGCAGAUGGAGUUUAUCCAAAAUGGUCAACUUUAGUUCAAUGUUACCGUCAGUCACCUUCCGGUGAAAUGGGUCGUUCAUACUCAUAUUUCAAUAGUAGACAAAUGGAUCUGAGAAAGGAUGUGGAACGUGCUUUUGGAAUUCUGAAGCGGAAGGUCGCAACCAUUUGUGGGCCUUAUCGUGGUCUAAGUGCUCGUGAAAUGCAUAAAACUAUGUUGACUUGCAUCAUUAUGCAUAACAUGGAAAUCCAGGAAACUCGUCGUAAUAAGAAUUGGACUAACCAUCAAGAUGAAGACUUAAGGCCUGAGAUUAUACCAGCAAGAGGAUUACCUGCAAGGAACUAUGCGCAAAUGACUAGUCAUAUUGAGAACAUAACUCUGUAUAACAGGUUAAGGGAAGAUCUCAGAGCGAAUAUGUGGGCUGAGUUUGGAAGAGAUGGAGGACAAAUUGAGUAG